CCAGUACUUAUCAUCAGGACAGUACUUCACAUUCAUCUCUAAUAAUGGCUUCUUCUCCGACAAUUUUCUCCGUCCUUUUCCUUUUCAUCUUCUCAUUCUCAUCUGCGCAACCAUCAUUCCGACCAAGAGCUCUCCUUCUCCCUGUCACAAAAGACAAAUCCACCCUCCAAUACACAACCUUUAUCAACCAACGCACUCCUCUCGUCGCCGCCUCCGUCGUCUUCGACCUCGGUGGCCGAAACCUCUGGGUCGACUGCGACAAAGACUACGUCUCCACCACAUACCGCUCCCCUCGCUGCAACUCCGCCGUGUGCUCACGAACCGGCUCCACCGCCUGCGGCACGUGCUUCUCUCCUCCUAGACCCGGCUGCAGCAACAACACUUGCAGCUUAAUCCCAGAUAACACCGUCACAGGAACCGCCACCUCUGGCGAAGUCGCUACAGACAUCGUGUCGAUUCAAUCAACGGACGGCCGGAACCCGGGUCGGGUCGCUAAAAUCCCCAAUUUGAUCUUCGGAUGCGGGGCAACGUUUCUGCUUAAAGGACUCGCUGCCGGAACCGUCGGUAUGGCUGGUAUGGGACGCCACAACAUCGGACUCCCGUCUCAGUUCGCCGCGGCGUUUAGCUUCAAACGCAAAUUCGCAGUGUGUCUCACUUCGGGAAGAGGCGUCGCCUUCUUCGGCAACGGACCUUACGUAUUCCUCCCCGGGAUCCAGAUCUCAAGGCUCCAAACGACGCAGCUUCUCAUCAAUCCCGUGAGCACAGCUUCCGCGUAUUCGCAAGGAGAGAAAUCCACCGAGUAUUUCGUCGGCGUCACUGACAUCAGAAUCGCUGAUAAAUCGGUUCCGAUCAACAAAACGCUUCUCAAGAUAGACGGAACUACCGGCGUCGGAGGAACCAAGAUCAGCACGGUGGAUCCGUACACCGUGAUGGAGACGUCCAUCUUCAAAGCGUUCACGUCGGCGUUCGUCAGAGCAGCCGCGGCGAGGAAUAUUACUCGAGUACCGUCGGUGAAACCGUUCGGCGCGUGUUUCAGCACGGAGAACGUGUUCGGAACGCGCGUUGGAUACGCUGUGCCGGAUAUCCAGCUUGUGUUUCAGAGUAACGACGUCGUUUGGAGGAUCUUCGGAGCUAACUCGAUGGUGAGCGUUAGCCGCGAAGUCAUCUGUUUGGGUUUCGUUGACGGAGGAGUCAACGCGAGAACUUCCGUAGUGAUCGGAGGGUUUCAGCUGGAAGAUAACUUGAUAGAGUUUGAUUUGGCAAGUAACAGAUUGAGCUUUAGUUCCACUUUAUUGGGCCUUCGCACUAAUUGUGCCAAUUUCAAUUUCACUUCCACUACUUGAUUUGUUUUGCAAGGGGCCGAUGAAUGAUUUUAAUACCUUGAUUCGAAUAAUGGAAUGAAUGACUAUGAUUUUGUUGUUGUU